UCACUUCCGGCCCGUGAGCUCAGUUGUGUGUCGUCACGUCCUGUGGUCUCGAGCUCGGAGAAGAUGGCGGCUGUUGCAGUGAGCUCUGACGGAGGAGUCGCGCCGCUGGAUUCGGACUCGGUGUCGCCGCGGCUUCCCUCUCCAGCGCCGGAGCAGCCGCACCAGAACAACGCGCUGCUGGGACUCCCGAUCGUGGCGAUCGAGACCAUCCUGAACUUCCUGUCGUACGACGAGAUCAGUCUGCUGCGGCUGGUGUGUAAACGCAUGGAUGUGAUCUGUCAGCGCAUGCUCAAUCAAGGCUUCCUGAAAGUGGAGCGCUAUCACAGCCUGUGCCAGAAACAGGUCAAAGCCCAGCUGCCGAGGAGGGAAUCGGAGCGGAGGAAUCACUCGUUGGCGCGUCACGCAGACAUACUGGCGGCGGUGGAGACGCGACUGUCACUGCUGAACAUGACCUUCAUGAAAUAUGUGGAUUCAAAUCUCUGCUGCUUUAUUCCUGGAAAGGUGAUCGAUGAGAUUUAUCGUGUUUUGCGGUAUGUCAACUCCACACGUGCUCCGCAGCGAGCGCAUGAGGUGCUGCAGGAGCUGCGGGACAUUUCCUCCAUGGCCAUGGAGUACUUUGAUGAGAAGAUCGUCCCCAUCCUGAAGAAAAGGCUUCCCGGUGCUGAUCUCUCCGGACGUCUGAUAGGAUCCGCUCCAGUGGCCGGUCCCUCUACCUCUCUGACCACCAUGUCCUUGUUGGCCAAAAACACUCCGUCACGCUCCGAGAUGACGAAGGUGCAGCAGCAAGUGAAGGUGAACGGGGCGUCCAUGGCGGCGCUGCGGCGGGAGAUGCAGGAGGUGCGUGUGAAGCAGCUGGAGCAGCAGAAGCAGCUGCAGGACCAGGAGCAGAAGCUGCUGGAGCAGUCGCAGGUGAUCGGAGAGCAGAACGCGCGGCUGGCUGAGCUGGAGCACAAGCUCAGGGAACUGAUGGACAGUGCGGUGGGCGCCGGAGCUCCUGCGGUCGCCUCCAGCUCCUCCUCCACCCCUGCGGCGGCCGUGUCCUCCACCUCCUCCGCCGCGAGCCUGGCCGCCUCCGCAGCCGCCGAGGGCGAGAACGGCCUGUGUCUCAAACGGCCCCGCAAGUGCUCGGACCUCCCACGUCACUCCAAACGCCUGCGUAGCAAGAAAUAGAGGGACGUUCUGUCUGUAUUUGUUUUUUUUUUAAGUUUUCAUUUUGCUUCCUUAAAGCUAUAUCAUUUUUUCCAACUUACGAUGACGCGAGUAUCACGCGGAGAAUGGGGAAUUGAAACGAGAGGGGUAUCUUUUUGUUUUAUCAGACACGUAUUACACUAAUAUGCGUUGACUUCUGUUUCUAAAGGUCGAGCAUUUGCCUUUUAAUGUUUACCCAACCUUCAUGCCAACAUUGACCCGAGGAAACAUUGCGAGAAGCUUUAGUCAAUCAGCCGCAAGAACAUUUGAGGAAAACGUGAACCUGAAGACACUGCGAUGUGGGAGCGUAGCUUCUUUGGCUCUCAGCGGUAGUCCCAUCCAUAAGUAGGUUCAGUUGUGUACGAAGUUUCCAAGUUAAGACUUAGAUCCCCUUCUUGAAAUGGAGAACGCGAGGUGCUCGACACCUGACUACUAAGUUAUAUUGUUAUAUAAAUGGUAAAUAUCAGCUUUGUUCUAUGUUCUAAGAGUGAAAUAUUUCAUCUGAGAUGUGCCUCGACAGUAUGAGCAAGUCAGUGGUCUUGCAGACGUCUGCAGUUGUAGCAUACAUGAUUAUAUUGUUUGUCUAAAGAUCAUCCAUCACUGAGGAUAGUGUCUUGUAGGUGUCAAUGCCAUGUUGUACCUGCCACUGUUUGUAGGUGUAUAAUUUACUGCAAAUAGAUCUGUGUCAGUGCAAUAAAAAUUGUGGAAAGCCUUGUUA